AUGAAGAAAAAGCUGUCACGUCAGGCUCGAAUCAAGAUAUUGCUGGUUCUCGAUUCGGUGUUCUUUCUCGUCGAGAUCAUUAUUGGUUACUGGUUGAAGUCAUUGUCCCUGGUGGCAGAUUCUUUUCAUAUGUUAAAUGAUGUCAUGAGCUUAAUAGUUGCGUUAUACGCUAUCAAGCUUGCUUCACGAACGAAAUUUUCUCCAAAAUAUUCCUAUGGCUGGCAGCGUGCUGAAGUAUUGGGUGCUCUUGUAAAUGGGAUAUUUUUACUUGCUUUAUGUUUAACUGUGUUAAUCGAAGCCAUACAGCGAUUUUUUGAGUAUGAAGAAAUCAGGAAUCCGAUUUUGAUUCUUAUAGUAGGAGGAGUCGGAUUGUUUUCAAACAUUAUAGGAAUUUUAUUAUUUCACGAACAUAAUCAUUCACACAACUCUUCUACGCCGACCGAAGUUGGCGAAGACACAAUCCAACCGUUAGAUGAAAUACAUGUUCAUCCGGCAGCAACACGACAUUCA